AUGACAAACACUCACGGUUACAGAAGAGGUACUCGUUACAUGUUCCAAAGGGACUUCAAAAAACAUGGUGUUAUUGCUUUAUCCACCUAUAUGAAGACCUACAAAAAAGGUGAUAUUGUUGAUAUCAAAGGUAAUGGUGCUGUUCAAAAAGGUAUGCCACAUAAAUGGUACCACGGUAAAACAGGUGUUGUCUUUGAUGUUACAAGAUCUUCAGUUGGUGUCAUUAUCUAUAAAGUUGUUGGAAACCGUUAUAUCGAAAAAAGAGUUCAUUUAAGAGUUGAACAUGUUCAACAUUCUGACUCUCGUAAAGAAUUCUUGGUUAGAGUUAAGGAAAAUGCUCAAAAGAAGAAGGAAGCUAAAGAAAAAGGUGAAGCUGUCCAAUUGAAGAGACAACCUGGUUUACCAAGAGGUGCUAGAGUUGUUUCCACUCAAGGUAAUAAGCCAAUCACCAUCAGACCAUUACCAUAUGAAACUUAUAUUUGA